UGGGAACCCCAAUUUUUCUUCCCAUUUUCCAGUGUUUUUGUUGGAUUUCUUUGUGAAAAACAAUUUUCCAUCAAUUUAUUGAUAAUGGAGGAGCCAGGAUCAUCUGAUGAUAAGACUUUUGCUGAGAAACAAGCGGAAAGAAUGCGACGACUGAAGGAAUUGCAUAAUAAAAGGAAUGAAGCUAGGAACCAAAAUCACAAGGAAGUUGUUGAGGAGGACAAGAGGAUGAAACUUCCAGCUAAUUGGGAAGCCAGGAAACGUCAAGCUGAGUGGAUUUUAAGUGAUGAAACUGCGAGGAAAGAUGCAGAAGAGAAAGGACUGGACUACGAUCGACAGAAGCUCCUGCACAUCGACGCAAUAGAGGCAGCGAGACUCGAGAGGAAGAAGAAGAGGAAGAACCCAGACUCUGGGUUUGCUGAUUACGAACAGGCCACUAUCAGGCAGUACAAUCGAUUAGUUAAAGGAAUGAAACCGAAUAUGGAAGCAUAUGAAGCAUCGAAGGAGAAACUGGGUCCUGCAUUUUAUGGAGACAGGAAUACAAUCCUUCAAGGACUUCACGAGGACAAGAAAGAGGCUGUCGACAAGAUGGUGGAGGAUCUGGAGAAACAAAUCGCCAAACGAGAGAAAUACAGCAGACGAAGAACCCACAAUGACGAUGCAGAUAUCGAUUAUAUUAACGAAAGAAAUGCCAAAUUCAAUAAUAAAUUGGAACGAUUCUAUGGCGAGCACACGAGGGAGACGAAACUCAAUCUUGAAAGGGGCACAGCGAUUUAAUUCUCUAGGAUAUUCACCGCUUUUUAUUUUUUAACUUCAACGCGAUAAUAAUGAAUACGAUGUAAACAAUAGGGAAGUAAUAAAUGGGGGUUUCAAUUAUUUUUCA